AAAGGAAACAGGUCACAUGGCUCCUCACGUUCCUCGGGUCUCUAUAUUACUGUGUGCCUUCCUCAAGAUUCCCUUGGACGGAGCCUCCACUUACCACCACCGUUUCUCUUUAAUUUCUCCGCUUCUUGGUUUCUCCUCUCCAUUCCCUAACACAAACCCUCGUAUUAUUCUCAGACAUUUUGUUUUUUUUCUUUCUCUCUAAAUCAAACCUCUGUGUGUUUGGUUGGUCUUCGUCAAAGUUGUCUCCUUUAAAAAAAGAAAAGACAGCCUGAAUUUAAUAGUCUUCAGACAGCAUUGUCUGAACCAGCUCCUUACCGUACAAAAAAAUAACAAACUCUUUUUUUUUCUGUCAGUUCAAUAAAUCUCAAACCUUUGACCAUGGACAGUACCGGAGAAUCACGACUCGGCGGGAACGGCGGUGACGGUUCUGUCGGAGUACAGAUCCGACAAACCCGGAGACUACCCGAUUUUCUCCAGAGCGUGAAUCUCAAGUACGUGAAGCUAGGCUACCACUACGUGAUCUCAAACCUCCUGACCCUCUGUCUACUCCCCCUCGCCGUCGCUAUCUCCGUCCAAGCCUCCCAGACCAACCCCGACGAUCUCCGCCACCUCUGGCUCCACCUCCAGUACAAUCUCGUCAGCGUCAUCGUCUGCUCCGCGGUCCUCGUCUUCGGUCUAACCGUCUACGUCACUACCCGGCCCAGACCCGUUUACCUCGUCGACUUCUCCUGUUACCUCCCUCCCGAUCACCUCAAAGCUCCCUUCUCCCGUUUCAUGGACCACUCUCGCCUCACCGGAGACUUCGAGGACUCUGCGCUGGAGUUCCAGCGCAAGAUCCUCGAACGCUCCGGCUUGGGGGAGGACACGUACGUCCCCGAAGCGAUGCAUCACGUCCCGCCGAGGAUCUCCAUGGCCGCUGCGAGAGAAGAAGCUGAGCAGGUCAUGUUCGGUGCCUUGGAUAGCCUCUUCGCGAACACGAGCAUAAAUCCCAAGGACGUUGGGAUCUUGGUGGUUAACUGUAGUCUCUUUAACCCGACGCCUUCGUUGUCUGCGAUGAUCGUGAACAAGUAUAAGCUUAGAGGGAACAUUAGGAGUUAUAACCUCGGCGGGAUGGGAUGCAGCGCGGGGGUUAUCGCGGUUGAUCUCGCGAAAGAUAUGUUGUUGGUGCAUAGGAAGACUUACGCGGUUGUUGUCUCCACGGAGAACAUAACUCAGAACUGGUACUUCGGUAACAACAAAGCCAUGUUGAUACCGAACUGCUUGUUUCGCGUCGGCGGCUCCGCGGUUCUGCUUUCGAACAGGUCUAGCGACAAGAGGAGGUCCAAGUACAGGCUUUCGCACGUGGUCAGGACGCACCGCGGAGCGGACGACAAGGCUUUCCGCUGCGUGUAUCAAGAAGAGGACGGUACGGGGAGAACGGGUGUUUCUUUGUCGAAAGAUCUGAUGGCGAUAGCAGGGGAGACUCUCAAGACCAAUAUCACCACGUUGGGUCCUCUUGUGUUGCCGAUAAGCGAGCAGAUUCUCUUCUUCACGACGCUUGUUGUGAAGAAGCUUUUUAACGGUAAGGUGAAACCGUAUAUUCCGGAUUUUAAGCUCGCUUUCGAGCAUUUCUGUAUCCAUGCUGGUGGAAGAGCAGUGAUCGAUGAGUUGGAGAAGAAUCUGCAGCUCUCGCCGGUUCAUGUCGAGGCUUCGAGGAUGACUCUUCAUAGGUUUGGGAACACGUCUUCGAGCUCGAUUUGGUAUGAGUUGGCUUACAUAGAGGCGAAGGGAAGGAUGAGGAGAGGUAACCGUGUGUGGCAGAUUGCGUUUGGGAGUGGUUUUAAGUGUAACAGCGCGGUUUGGGAAGCUUUGAGGAAUGUGAAACCUUCAAAGAACAGUCCAUGGGAAGAUUGUAUUGACAAGUAUCCAGUAACUUUAAGUUAUUAGGCUUCGUUUUGAGAAACUUUGAGAGACUCUUUAAGUACUAUUCCAUGGUUGUUUCGUUAACGAAAAAGAAAAUUAGAUUUGAUCUUUGACAUUGUCAACGUUUCUUGUUCUUUUUAGGGUUUUUAGUGAUAAAUCCCCUGUUAUAGUAUGUAAUUUAGCCAUUCAAGUUCUAUUCCGUUAUAGUAUGUUACUCUGUCUA